AUGGCUAGCUGCACUUCUCUUGAGAUCUACCUAUCAAAAGAUGGCUGCAGGAACGAAUAUGAAGCUUUAGAAGAAUACCUGGAUAAUGCGUCACGACAGGUAUAUCACUGCUCGCAGGUAAGUCCACUCACUCUCCGCUUCCCACUUGCUCCUUGCGGAACCAAGACUGAGUGUUCUUGUGGCACAGUUGAGGGAACAGCCAUGGAUUAUUACAGCAACGUCACGCCAGAAAUGCAUUCGGUCCUUUCCAUCAACAGACUCCCACCACGACUCUCUCCUCACGUCCGUGGACAACUUGCCAACGUCUCGCCGCCUAACUGUACGGCGGCGUCGGGAGCUUCCCUAUCCGUACCUGCAGCACCACUACAGCGCCCUUGCCAACGCUAUCACACCGCCCACGCUCUCUCCUCCGCCGAGAAACCCCACGCCCCCGAGGGAAUCGCACACAUCGCCCUGGUGGAGUGCAAGUCUUAUAACACGCCCACUUCUCACGCCACUUACGAUUAUCCAUUCCACCUUUAUCAGCAGCACGCCGGUCUCGCCGGACCUUUGCUGGGCCAAGGCAACCCAACCCUCAUUCCACAGCAACCCAACGCCUUCGCACAGGACACCAUCCUUCAGCAGCGAAGGCGCAUGGCUUCUGCUCUCGUCAGCACGUCAGUCGGUGGUCGUCGCUGUCGACGAUGCCGCUGCCCCAACUGCCAGGACGCCUCACGAAGCAGUACAGGCGGCAAGAAAAGGGAACACAUCUGCCAUGUCCCGGGAUGUGGCAAGCUGUAUGCCAAGACGUCCCACCUGAAGGCACAUCUGCUUUCACACAGCGGAGAGCGGCCUUUCGCGUGUCAAUGGAUGUACUGCGACAAGGCGUUCACUCGCUCCGAUGAACUCCAGCGUCACCUCAGAACGCACACGGGCGAAAAACGUUUCCAGUGUGCGAGUGCGGAAAACGUUUCAUGCGAUCCGACCACUACAACAAGCACGUCAAGACUCACCAGAACCGACGCGCCCGUCUUGCCCCUCUCCUGCCGAAGGUGA